CAAUCUACCCCUUAUCCUUUCUGCUUCGCGUUUUUCCAAUCCGUUCCUCUUUCCCAAUCUCUCUCUCUCUGGUGCAAAAUGGCUUCGACAUUACCCACUGUCACCCUCCAUUCACCGUCCUAUGCUACACCCUCAUCCACCCCUUGUCCUAAGCACCCCUCAGUCUCUUUUCCGACGCAAACUAACCAGUUCCAGCUCCAAACCCCGAAACCCCUCAACCGUCGCGCCGUCCAUCUCCGCCCUCUCGCUGCUGUCGACGCCCCCGAGAAAAUCGUCCAAAUCGGCGACGAAAUCUCCAAUCUAACCCUCGCAGACGCCCAAAAGCUCGUUGAGUACCUCCAAGACAAGCUCGGCGUCUCCGCCGCAUCCUUUGCACCAGUCGCAGCCAUCGCAGCCCCCGGAGCCGCCGAAGCUCCCGCCGCAGUCGAGGAGAAGACGGAAUUCGAUGUAGUUAUCGAGGACGUGCCGAGCAAUGCCCGUAUCGCGACGAUCAAAGCCGUUAGGGCUUUGACGAGCUUGGCUUUGAAAGAGGCCAAAGAAUUGAUUGAGGGAUUACCGAAGAAGUUUAAGGAGGGAGUGUCGAAAGACGAGGCGGAGGAGGCGAAGAAACAGCUCGAAGCAGCUGGAGCGAAAAUCGCCAUUGUGUAGAUUUGAUUUGAAUUAUGGUAAAUUGUCCUUAAUUUGGUGUACUUUAUGAGAAAAUUACCAACAAUGGGGUGUUCCUUUACUUUUGAGAAAAUUCACAUUUUUCAUGUGCUUCUUGUCGCAUUUUAUGCCAACAAACAGCAAUGGCACUUGUAUUAGAUGAUAUGGAUUUGUCUUGGAGGUGUUUCUAUUCAACUUCUUUUUAACUUGUACCUCAGAUGUAGCCUAGAGGUCUAGAAAUUUAGCCUGUGGCCAUUGAGAAGC